UUCGAAAACUCUAAGCUAAUAGAAUUUCAGCGAAGUUUGUUCAUUCGUGUUAUGUCUGUCUAUAUGAUUUUCAUCAAGGCAGGAAGAUAAAAAAUGCCAAGCGCAUAAAAACAAACCGUGCUGCGACAUCCAUUUCCCGCGAACUGUAUUUGUUUGAAGUUUGUGUCGUCUUCACAAAAUAUUUCUGAAGGUGGGCGAGACAAAUUUCUUGCGAACUCAAGCACAUGCGUUCCCCAGACAGCAUGGUGCAGAGGGCAGGCAGCUUUCCGCGAGAGACCAUAUGGGUAUGCCUUGCAACUCGGUUGCUAAUAUUAACUUUCGUCCUUGACAAGAGAGAUCCCUGUGAUAACUUCAAGCCUUCAAAACACUCAUUUUUUUCUGCUGUUGAUAUUAGGAAGUACUUUUGCUUUGGCAAUCCUGCGAAGGCCAACUCCUGACAAAGUGCUAGAAUGCAAGAAAACACUUGGAAUGCACAGUGGUGCAAUUAACCAAUUUGAUAUUUCAGUAAGUCAUAAACAUCAAGACGAAAGCUGCAAAAGGUUUCAAGUGCGUUUGGGAGAAAAAUUUGGAUGGUGCACUCAGAACUCACCAAAUCCAUUAUUUUUACAGAUCAAAUUUAAUCAAGUUACCAUAAUUACAGGCUAUAGUCUUAAGCAUCUUACAGAGACUGUUACAUUAUCAGGCCAUUACUUUGGGUAUUCUUUUGAAAAUGAUGAUGUAUCAGAUUUUCAAUACAUUUUCAAGGGUAACGCAUUACUGAUUCACACAAUUCCAUCUAGUGGCUUGCAUACAUACUGGUUUAUUUCUCCUGUAAGGGCAAGAAGACUAAGAAUAUAUUUUCAAGCUCAGAAUAAUGAUUAUGUGAAGAAUUUCGCAUCAAUGCAAUUUGAAUUUUAUGGAUGUCCACAUUGGGAUUAUGCAAAACCACUUGGUAUGUCCAGUGGAUUAAUUAGCAAACAAAGAAUAACGAGCUACGCUAACAAACAAGAAUCACACCCAUAUCUUGCACGAUUCGAUUUGCAAGGCUUUGGAUGGCAGCCAUUUGGUGAUGUAGAAGACCAGUUAGAGUCUAAAAAUGCAAAUUAUUGGCUACAGAUUGUUUUACCAACUUUAAAGAAAAUAACAUAUAUUAUUGUGCAAGGAUCUAAUUCUCACAAUACUGUACCAUUACGUUAUUGGAUUCAAUAUGGCCAAGAUGAGAAUUCACUUACAAUCUACAAAAACCCCCAUCAAAAGGACAUAAUAUUGACACCAGAAUAUGGAGCAUUUGUGAAUGCUACUCAUGUGUUUUCGACUCCAUUGAUUGCAAGUAUCAUCCGAUAUAUUCCUCACAUAAGUUAUAACAGGACACCUCAAGUAAAAUUUGAGCUUUAUGGUGUGGAUUGUUUAACUCCUGACCAUAACUGGAAGUUUUUCUCACCACAUCCGUUUAUUGAUUCCAUUCAAUUUGAAGAUCUUCGACCAACAACAAGAAUUAGGUCAUUAAAAGAAUAUUCAGACCUACGUUACACUAAAACGUAUCAUCAACACUUGCGGACAGAAGAACUUCCUUCAAAUGACUGUUUACUGAAUCCUGAUCUUUGUGAAGAUGGAUUUGCAGCUUCAUUUGGGUUUUCGUACUUACACACACCAAAUCCCAUUCUGAGAACAGUGGGAUCAGCUAUUUCAAAAUACAAUGGAAAUUGUGAAAAGCUUGAUUCGGGAGGAAAACUUACCACAGAUUCAAUGUUUGCUAUUCAUUUUGACGCUAUUCAACUACGAAGAUUUCAGACUGUAAGGGGUACCUUUAUUAUAACCAGAGAUCCUGCAGACCAAUUUCCAAACAUGGAGGUUUUUAUCUGGGCAUAUGUGAAUCAGGAUCGUUCCUAUGUUGAAGAAUGCUGGUAUGGAAGCACUUCGCGUCAACAUAUCCGCAGAGAAAAAUUUUCUUUUGUUAAUCAACGAUUUGCAAUUGAUGCGUUUUUGCAAGGAAUUGUUAAUUCAAAAGCUUGGAAAUAUAAUUCAUCAUUGUCUUUUGUAAUUGAGCCAACAAAAGCCUUUGUUGGUGUGUUUAAAGGAUCAUAUUUAGAUGUAAGCUUGUUUUCAGCUUGCCAUAGCCAUGAAACCAACAUCAUUAAACAAUUGGAUAGUUCAAAUUUUAAAAAGCACGAUCACGGAAAUUGUAAUGAAGAACCCCAUCAUUUAAAAUUUGGAAGGGAUGGUUUUCAGUUUUGCAAAAAAGAUAAUGUGUUUGUUCAAAUCAACCUGAUGAAACAGCAUGUUAUAACAGCUCUGAAAGUGGCAGGUGUUAGAGAGUUAACUCACACUAACUUAAAAGUGACAACUUCUUUUAAAAUGGAAUACGGUCUUGAUAACAGUGUCUGGGAGACUUUUCCUACGAGUUUUGAACGGAAAAUAAUUAGUCCUGACAAGAUAGAGAUAAUUCCAUUGCCACAUUCAAUCCAUGCACAGUAUGUCAAAAUAAUACCAGAUAAUGGAAAAUACGUGGGUGCCAACCAUGGUUUAAGAUUUGAUGUUGUCACAUGCAAUUUUGCUGAACCCCAUCAAUCAAUUUGGAUAAAGUUAAAUGAUAAUGCUGUAUGUGUUGGGGUAAAAGAUGACUCUCCUGGAAGAUUCACUUUAUUUAACAAUGUUGAUAUAUCCUUUGUUAAAUUUGUACACAAAUCUGGGGGUGUAGCUUGUGCACAUGGUUCUUCACAAACUAAUUUUGGUUGUGGAAGUAUCUAUUUGACUGAUGGUGAUAAGAAAGUAAUAUUAAAUACUGGGUAUCUUGUACCACCUUAUGGCUAUAAUUCUUCGAAAUUUGAGGUAAAAUUAAACGGACCAAGAUUUUUUCGAUAUGGUCAAGACUUUGGUGUAUGGUUUGCUGAAGAUUUUUUGGGUGUAACAGAAUGGGAUAACAGUGGUUCGACUUGUUUUGACUUAUAUGGCUGGGGUCGAACAUAUCCACAUCGGGCUUUAAUGACAACCAAAAAUUGGCCAGAACGCUUGUGUGUGACAGUUUCAAGUGAUACACUGAUUGUUAACUUACACUGUGAAGAUUCCUUCUUUAUGACCACCGAAAUGUAUCUUGUUCAUGCCAACAGUGGAAAAUGUGUAAUGCGUGAUUGUUCAACAAAUCCCUGCGAAGUCAGAGUGGUACAAGAGUGUAGUCAUGAAUUUGAAAUUGUUGAAGGGUUUGUUAAGCAUACUCAGUCAGGUCAAUAUUUAGUAGAGCUUAAUGGUAAAGUGGUUUUGGCGUCAUCCUGUGAUGGAAAUUGUUUUAUGUUAACAGAUUCUGUUAAAUUUCUUAACACUGAAAGCUGGGAUCACUAUUUUUCCAAUAAUUUGUUUAUGUCAAAAGAAACUGCAAAUGAUCCGGAUGAUGCUGCUAAAAAAUGUUCUCAGCAUAAUUCUGAACUUUUAAGUGUUCAUUCAAAGGAGGAAGCAUUUGCAAUUAGCAGUUUUUUAAGCAAAAAUGACUUCAAAGAGGCAUAUAUGAUUGGAUUAAAGAAUCCUGCUAGCAAUGUUUAUUUUUGGAUUGAUGGAACCCCAUUUGACAAAGAUGAGUUUAAACGGAUGGAUAAAGAUAUACCUGUCUCCUCUAACGCUUGUUUCAGUAAGGAUAAUGGAAAACUUCGUGCACUUUCCUGUACUCAAAUGAAAUUUAUUUGUAAGAAAAAACCCCUUUCCAUACCAAAAUUCAGUGUGCCUGUAUUAUCCAGUGGUUUACAUUCUGUUGGCAACUACCAUGAAGGAAAGGGAUUUCAAGUUAGUUUGGCAUCCAUCGUUAAAUUUUCUCUUUCUGCUACUGUGGAAUCAGACGACUGUUCAUGUUAUGCAACAUAUAAUUUGCCUAAAAAAGUUGCAUACAAUGUUAAUGUCUUUGGAAUAACAUGGUCGAAAAAGAGAAAAGAAUUAAAGUUAUAUUUAGAUGGGGAAAGUGUCGGUGAAGUUAUUUGUAUUGAUCUUUCGUCAUUUAACAGAGUUGUAAAAAAACCAAUUGACACUAGUAUGUCAAAUUUUAUCAAUAUUGCUGGAUUUUAUGACCAAUUAAAAAGUUUUUGGUGGACUGAACACCAUAAUAUCCUGAAUGAUUUAAAAGUUUGGCGAUUUUAUUUGGAGGACUAUCAAAUAUACAAUGAAUUUAACAAUGACAAAACUACAUUUUCUGAACAUAAUGCUGCUGUUGAAAAUAAAGAAGCAUGGAAUUUCCAGGAUUCAUGUGGUGCUAACACUAAUGUUCCCUGUUAUGAUGUUGACUUGUCUAUUGCUAAACUUAUUGACUGUGUUUGGUUAAAUGGUGGUCCAGUCGGUAACUCUACCAUUAUCUUUAACGAAUUGGAUGAAACGCAAUGCAUUUAUAAAUGUUACUUAGAACGUAGCAAGAUUGAGAGCAUAAAUGGUGCAUCACAUGCAGGCAAAAAGUGCUAUUGUGUUAGCGAUAUGUAUGAUGUUGAUGACACAAUGGAAAAACAAUGGUCAUGUUUUCUUCCUGUCAAAGUUACUAACGGCCGUCAGACAGUACAGAAAUCCAUGAAAAAUAUUAAAAUCCACCCUGUUAAUAAGAUGUGGUAUGGUAUCGGAGGUGAUUCUUUUAUAUACCGUCACCCUGCAAGAACUUCACCAAACGUUGAUCUGUGGAAAAAAGUUAUUGCAAUAUGUGCUGUUAUAAAAUUUGAUAUAUUUGAGAGAAAUAUAUGGAUACUCUGUAACAAUCACAGACUUUAUCAAUGGAUUAACAAAGAUCACAUAGUUGAAUAUAAUGGAGUGUAUCUAGACAUUGCUGUUGGAAAGGACUUUGUUUAUGGUGUUGGGACGAACAAUAGGUUAUACUAUAUCCUUAAUGCAAUAUCACCAUCACCAACUUAUCAAUGUGGAAGUAGUAGAAGUUAUGUACAAUUGAGCACUGAUGUAUAUAAUAGUCGAUGCUAUGCAUUGAUGGUGGAUGGAGGCAUUACGUUUGUUUUAGACCAUAACAAUUUAAUUUCCCACAAUUUAACUGCCACUGAAAAUAUAAUUGACAUGGCAACCUCAAAAUAUGGAAACUUGUAUGUUAAUAAUGGGACCAAUAUUAAAGUUUUCAUUGAUGACAAAUAUAAAGAUAUCCAACUGUUAGUAAAUAAAACGUUGACUUUUACAACCUUUGAUGUCGAAGACGAUGACUACAUUAUAGGGAUAAAUAAAAAUGGUGUGCUCCAUCAGUACGCCUUAAGAGCAUCUGAAAAGAUCGAUUUACAUGCCAAAGUGUCACAUAAAAGUAUAAUGGCUAUUCACAAGACUAAUGAACAGUUCAGUUGUAACUCAGAUUUAAUAAAGGUUAAUGCAGCACAAACAGCAACAGUUUUUACCUUUGCUGUUGGAAUUCAAGAGAAUGUGAUUGUAAAUACUGCAUUUAUCAAUCUUCUCAUCAAUGAAACAACCCCACUGUCGACUUCAAUUGGUUAUAAAAUUACCACUUUAUGGCAGUCUCCAGAUGACGCUGUGGAUUGUGAACAUACAGUGGCACAAGCAAACUACAAUCUGCUUAAACCGAUAUCAUGGGGUAUAGAAGUGUUAAGUGAUGUUGUUAUCACACCAGAUGUUUCAUCACUUGUUCAGCAUGCUGUCAAUCAAAGGCAUUGGUUUCAUGGGCAAAAUUUAUAUGUUAUAAUGGUACCUAAUGCUGAUAAUGAUGUAAAUGUUGAAUUUAAUAUAAGAGCAGCAUACUUAGAAGUAUUUUAUGCCAAUCAAAAACCAAAUAACUACUUACAUAUUCAAACAACAGCUCUACCAUACACAAGUUUUAAAACAGAGUUUUAUUUACCCCAUUAUCAAUAUUUAACAUUUUGGAUAUAUAUGUCAGAGAAGGGACGUGCUAUUCUUAUGGUCUGGAAAGUUAAUUCAAAUUAUAGAUCGUGGGGGAGCAUCAUGGUUGCUAGAGUUACGAAUAGGAACUUCACCAUGGGAUGGAAACAGAUAAAUGUUCCCCUGCACUCUAAUAACUAUUUUCAGCUUUCCUUUCAAGUCUAUCACAGAGACAGGAGUGGUCAUGGUGAUGUUGCAAUUGAUGACAUUCAUGUCCACAAGAAUUUAAAUUAUGAUGGAGUAAUUGAAAAAACAAACGAUUAUCAAUCAUUUUACGAUCCUGCAAAUUACACUUCUUACAUUGCUGUUAUUAAAACGUUAAAUUUACCAACACCUCUUCUUCUGUAUCCUUUGGCACUACCCGAAUAUUACUUACAAGACUAUGGUCCGCAUCAUCUCCAUUUGGUUGAUAAUACUGGUGUGAUAAUUCGGAUAGCUGACAAAUAUGGCAUGUGGCAUCAUUCCGUGCACUUACAUUUGCGAUAUUCUAAACCAGGGCUUUAUAAUCUAAACGUAUCAACUGCCGUAACUGCAAUAAACACUGAAUUCACAUUUUUAUUUCACUUUUAUCCAUUGGAUGUUGUCAAUCCGUCCAUGAAAAUUGUACAAUUUGGACUCAAACCAGGUGUAAUAAAUAUUAAAAUGAAGAAAAACAAACUAUACAUUGAAAUGCGAUCCAGUGCUGGAUCAUCUGAAGAAGCCUUCACAAUUACACUAGAAAAUAGCAUAUGGACAUAUGUUGGUGUUUCAUAUUCUGCAGGACGCAUGAAAUUAUUCAUAAAUAACACACUGGAUAAAGAAUUUGAAGUACCUGCAGAAUUUGUUAUUCCAUUCCCACAAAGUAUCCAUUUCUUUUACAAUGGAACGAACGCCCGUCCAGCCUUUGAGCUCUACAGAGGGUACUUUUCAUGUUUUCAACUUUAUAACAAGUCACUAACUUUGGCUGAAAUUAAAGCUUUAGAAUUUUGUCCGAAUCGUCAAGAAUUGUUUUACCAUGAUACGAAGUGUAAAAAUGGUUUUAGUUUGACGUUAUCAAUGGAACCAUGUGCUUGUUAUGAUCAAACAUUACGUCACCAGACACCCAGUUGUGAAAAUGCAUUUGUUGGAGGUAUUUUCAAAGAUGCUCUUGUGUACAUUCCAUUUGACUAUGAAACAGCAACACAGUCUGACAAAGGUGAAUUCAGAUUAACUUAUCAAAGUAAUGGUUAUAUUCGCUUGAAACCAGGACCAAUGGAUUAUGCAGCUUGUGUAGAUAAACGGUUUUCCAACAUUGGUUCUGUUGCAACUCCAUGUUCCGGUGAUUUUUCCACCUGCACAGAAAAAUAUGUGAUUGGAUUUUGGUUUUAUGUUUCUCAUCGAGUAAAUGAAAUAGGACAACAAAAAGUGUUUCAAUUUGGUGAUAUAUCUAUGCAGGUAACAUCAAGCGAAGAAACCAUUGCUACUAAGACUAACAUUCAAUGGAAUGGCAAUAUUUGCUGUUCUACAACAUUACCAUUAAACUCAUGGAUUUAUGUAAACGUAGAACUAAAUUCUACACAUUUAAGCAUAUUUUUAAAUGGUGCUCCUGUUGCUAACAAUGGAAAUUGCAACUACCCAUUUGGAAGUAACUCUGCUAUAAUGAAAUUAUCAAUUGGAUCAUACAGUUGUAUUGAUGAAUUUUCAAUCUUUUCAUAUCCCAAUUCAAAUUCCCGUACAGAAGUUACUUACAAUUGGUACUUGUAUGGAAGCACCAGCGACUACCGCAAGUAUGUACAAAUUAAGUUCAUUGUUUCAUCCAAAGAUUUUUAUCAACCUAAUGAGGAAGAAAAUUCUGAGGAAGACGAUUUCAUACAUCAAACUGUAGACCUUAUGUUAAAGGACUUCUUUCGUCAAAUGAAAGACAAUAGAAUGAAAUAUAUUGGUUCUAAGCCAAUUGAUAUAUUGAGAAUUGAACCUCCUAAAACCAAAGUUUUCCUACUGGUUUCAAUAUCAUACCUACCAUAUCAACUUGAAAAUGCAUUUUACACAAUACCAAUUCAUCAUUAUGAACAUAAUGGCAGAGAAUACUUUAUCGAGAGAGAGUACGAUGAAGCAUCAACUAUUGGAGUGCUGCCUACACCAGUAAAUUUCACAGCUAAACCACUGAACUCAUCUACUGUUAGGCUUCAUAUAAAUAACCAUGUUGAAGACGAAAGAUAUCAUCUUGGUUUUUUUGUAAACAUUACCAGCUAUUUCGUAGUACAUUCUUCGUCAUUCCAUCUUACAUUUUGGAAAUAUUUUUAUACUGGCCGAUUAUAUCUCUACCUUGUCAACCUUUCGCCAUACAAGAAAUACGAAAUCACUUUAUGGUCUUUAACCCACCAAGGGCUUGGACCGAGAGGAAAGCGGAUUGUAUACACACAUAUUGAUGUUAAUGUGAUGCCACCCCAAAAUGUCCAGGCACAUAACACUAGUCACACGUCAAUUAUGGUUGGGUGGGCGUUGUACGAUAAUGGAACGUAUUGGAACAGCAACACUAUGAACUUUAGAAUUUAUUGGAAAAGAACUAAUUUGACCCUAAGAAGUUCUCAGUACAAUUUGUUAUCAUGGAAUUACACAGAUGUACAUUCCACUUUCAAAACAUUUUCUGAGUUAAAUUAUGGUCCUGAUGUUAUAACCUCAUAUGAAAUAACAGGUUUAGAAUCUUUUACUAAUUAUACCAUAUUGGUUGCAACAGUAAACCCAGCUGGAGUUGGUGCUUUUGCUGUGACCUACUGUAGAUCUAGUCAGUGGUUGCCAGAAGAAGCACCAAACUUAUUUUUGGUAGAUUUAAUAUCUCCUGGCGUUGUACUCAUACAAUUCAAUUACACAGAAGACAUUGAAAUUUUUAACUCAUGGAAAAUGUCUGGCUAUAACUUGACAAUUGAACCAUUAUAUCCAAGUUUGUCUCAAUCAGUAGCUGUCACUUUAUUGGUACCAUACAAACAAAAUAUGUUUAAUUCAACUGUCCUCGAUUAUUUUAACUUGUUCAAAGUAACUGCAUCUGCUUUUAAUGAGAUUGGAAAUGGGCCUAAAGCUCAAAUUUGUUUUGCUACAGGACAAUUUGUGCCAAAUCAUUACCCAACUAUUUCCAAGCUGAUAAACAAAACACACAAUUCCCUAAAUAUAGAAUUGGGUCAAGUUCCUCUCAAGAACGAGAACGGUAUAAUCACCCAUUAUCUGAUUAACUACAGAUCAGCUGAUUGGGAAAGUCUUUUUGUUAACGUAACAAAAAAUCUCACUCAUACUUCAGAUGACUGGAGUUAUUGGACACAAAUGUCUAAUGGUAAUAUUUCAUGUUCUAUUGAGCCACAACCAAAUUCCUCGAAAGUAGUUGAUUUCAAUUUUACUGGUCUGUAUCCCUUUACAAAUUACGAAUUUCAUUUUGAAUCUUGCACCGUAGUAAAUUGCUCUAACAUACAACAUAGUGUUGUGUUUCGAACAGCUGAGACAUAUCCCUCGUGUGCGCCUAACUUCACAGUGUGGAAUACGUCAUCGUCAUCUCUGUUUAUUACAAUCGAUCCGCUUGGACAUUUUUGUAUGAAUGGUAUUUUAAAGUUUUAUCAUGUCGUUUUUCUGGAGAGUGAGUUGUAUGGAGAGAGUAUUUAUAAUUUAUUACUUAAUGAUAUUCCAAAAGAAAAUGUGGCAGAUUUGACUGCAAAUACGCAUACUGCAACAGGAUUAAAGAAAUAUUGGAAUUACACUGCUGUUGUGUAUGUUGAGAACAGUAUUGGUAAUGGGCCACACAGUUUUAAAUGGGCUGUGACUGCUCAAGAUGCUCCUGAUGGCCCACCUACGAACAUAUCCGGAUAUGCAAACAGUAGCAGUUCGAUCAUCUUAAAUGUCACCUUACCUAAACGAGAACACAGAAAUGGCAUCAUCCGUGGUUAUAAGGUUCAUCUUUUGAAUUUGGGUAACUUAACAGCGCAUGAGUUGGUGUUUGACGUUAUUGAAGAACCAGCAUCCAUAUUAGUAGUGGAAAGUUUGAAUUUUUUUACCUCGUAUGAGAUCAAAGUGAGAGCAUAUACAAAAAUAGGUGACGGACCUUACACGUCUGAUGCACCAUUUUUAUUUUUUCUCAUACUAAAAACAUUUGAGGACGUUCCUACUGCUCCACCUUCAAAUGUUAAUGUCACAUCAUUAACUUCGGACAGUGUGACUGUUACAUGGCAAAAAGUUCCAGGUGACUUUCAAAAUGGUAUUUUAAACUCGUUCCAGUUAGAAAUAUCUGGGAUAUUGGCGAAUAAUACGUUACAUACUCUUCGACCACCUAACAUCAGUUUUUUGGAUUACCUGGAUGAUUACAGAAGUUCCAUUUCUGGUUUGUUUCCAAAUACACAAUAUAAUGUAUCUGUACAAGGAUGCACCACCCCCGGAUGUGGAAUGAGAGGUUGGUUACAGUUUACUACAGAUGAAAUGGCACCCAUUGGAAAAAUACAGUUUCUCCAACAAAUAAAUAUGGACAUAAAAGAGAGCUUGCAUUUCAAUUGGUCUGAUAUUAACCCAAUGGAAAAAAGGGGAGAAAUUACUUUCUUCAUAUCUUACGAUAAACAUGAAAAACCAUGGGAGGAAUACAAUGAGUCUUCUACAACUUUCACUGUUCCUGGUAGUCAGCUGAACGCAUCGAUUUACAACUUAAAUAAUUAUACUAUGUAUCGAAUAGAAAUUUAUGGUAUGGGAAGAGAAGGAAUUGGACCUUCAGUAACAAGUGACAUGCUAACACCUGAAAAUGUUCCAUUAUAUUCUCCACAAAUUACAUAUGCAAAUAACAUUAGCAGUUCAGGAAUAAAUGUGAAAUUUACGAAACUACCUCAAUCAUCGUGGCAAGGUGAACUAUUAGGUUACCAUGUUUAUUACCAACAUGCAGAUGGACCUACCAAUUGCACUGCUGGACAAAUAUGUAAGAAUAUGGAGUUUACAGAUUGCAUUGGUAAUGAUAUAAAUACUUGUGAUGUUACAGAACUCGAUCUGCAUACAAACUACAGUGUAUGCAUUGCUGGUUACACGAGUGCUGGAGCAGGACCAAUGAGUGAAUGUGUUUAUGUAGUUACUGAUACGUUUGUUGAUGGUAAUUGGACGGAAUGGGGAACAUGGGGCAACUGUGAUAGGAGCUGUGCAAAUGGUACUGAAGCUAGGUUACGAUUUUGCAUUAACCCAAUACCAGCAAAAGGUGGAGCCAAUUGCUCUGGCUUAGAUGUUGAACGAAGACCAUGUAAUGAUUUUCCUUGUCCAGGUUUCUAUCUUGCAAAACCCUUAACUGAUUGUACAGAAACAUGUGAGAAUCUUGGAAGUAAAUUUGCGUGCUCUAAUAUUAUUGAUACGGAGAAUACAACGCAUGUAUUUGAAACAUCUAUCAGUGGAUAUGAUUAUACUGAUAUACAAGGCGUGACUUGUUCUCCUGAUGAUUCUCAAAAGACAUUUUUAAAGGAACACGAUCCUUUUUUCUUUAUUGAUGGAAAUAUUUGCUCUGGAUAUGCACGAGUUCCUGGUCGAAUCAAAUGUUCUGUUGGUGGCAAGUUAAGUGAAACGAUUCGACGACUCUGUUAUUGCAUCGAUAAAGAAACAAUGUCUUACACAUCCUGGGCUAUAUGGAGUCCUUGUUCUGUGUCUUGUGCUGGCGGAUUAUCACAGCGCUUUCGUACAUGUUUGUUAGAAAGUGGUUGCAACAAAACACUAGAUGCCAAGGAUUGCAAUACACAACUGUGUCCAGUUGAUGGUCAGUGGAGUGCGUGGACAGGAUUCGGGGAAUGUUCCAAAUCAUGCGGUCUGGGAAGUAACACUCGAAGUAGAUAUUGUAAUUCACCACCUGCAUUAUUUGGAGGAAAGAAAUGUGAGGGAAAGGACUCAGAAUCUAUUGAUGGAUGCAACCCAAACCCAUGCCCAAGAGAUGGCCAAUGGAGUGCGUGGUCAUUCAUAGGUCUAUGUACUCGACCAUGUGGUGCUGGUGGUGUACAAGUAAAAAGACGUUAUUGUAACAAUCCAGAACCAAUGUAUGGUGGACACUUAUGUAAUGGGCCAAAGGAAAUUCAAUAUCCAUGUAAUGAGGAUGUGCUGUGCAGAGAAAUUGGAGUAAACUUCUUGAUAAAGAUGACCAACGAGACUUGGCAUUACACUAUGCAUUACGAUAACUCUGUCAAAGGGAGAAAAGUCCGAAGUCAUCUGAUUAACGAGGUGAUGGCUGUUAUGUCAAAUAGUUACGUUGGUUUAUCUGUAGUUAGUGAUGUUGUAGUACAUGAAAUGAGCCGGGGUAGUGUAAUUGCAAAUUUUACAGUCUUCUAUCAUGGCAACCCAUUCGCCGAAACAUUGAUUUUACAAAAUGCUAUUGAUGAUAUCGGCUUCAUAAACACGAUACCAGUUGAAAUGCUAUCUAUAACAUCGGACAGUGUGCCAAGCAACGCACCUCAGUUCACAGCAACUUCUACCGUAUUUGACAGAAUUUUUAUCAGUUGGAAAAAUGAUACUGAAUGGGCUAUUCCAGAAGAGUUUUCAAUGUAUUACGUAUUUUAUCGUGAUUUGACUGUUCCGAAUGUGAAUUGGACAUCGCUUACUACUGUGAAUAAAUCUACAGAGAUAACUGAUCUGAAAGGUCACACUCUGUAUGGGAUUCGUUUGGUAGCUGGAAUAUCUGAUGCCAAUGGUAUUGCAUCAAUGGAACUAAAGGUUCGGACAGCUGAAGGAGUUCCAUUUAUCGCUCCACCAAAUUUUAUUUAUCAAGAAAUGAGCCCGACCUCAAUAUAUUUGGAAUGGGGUGAGAUACCGGAAAAAGAAGUCCCAGGAACUUUGCUUGGUUAUAAAAUUGUUUAUGGAAUAUUGGGUAGCAAUUUAACUCGUGACACAACAACUGCAGCUAAUAUGUUACAAAGAACAUUAAAUAAUUUAAAACCCGCUUCAUGGUAUCUUUUUACGAUUUAUGGUUACACUGUCGCUGGCAAUGGUCCAGUUUCUUUUAUUACUUUAAAAACAGCAUUUGAUGCACCUGGAGUAGCUCCACCUAAGGUCGCUUGGGAAGAUCGAUUUUCAUCAUACCAGAUAAAAAUAACUUGGAAUCCCAUACCAGCAGAAGAGGAAAAUGGUUAUGUGGUUGGAUAUAAGAUCAAAUACGUUCUUGUACGUCAAGCAGAUAUAGACGUGACAGUAGGUGAGACGCCAUCAGUCAAACAAGUUGAUCGUUUUACAUUCUCUGCGUAUAUAGAUGACUUAUCCCCUUACUCGAUGUAUAAAUUUGAAAUCUUUGCGUUUGCUAAAGAAGGAGAUGGCCCAGCUUUCACAUUUACAGCUGAAACAUGCAGAUGUCCUCAAAACAUUUAUGCGAAUUUCUAUAGCUUGAAACCAUACAUUUAUCAUGAUAAAAGCAAAGGCAGGGACACUCAAGGUUUUUUUCCCCAGCUAUUAACAACCAUAUUGAAAAACGUAUGCACGAAUUGCAAAGCAUACACUAUUCCAAAAAUUUACUUUGAUCGAACAGUAACUGGUCAUUCUGCAGAGAAACUGAAGUCACAACACAUGAAAGAAGACAUCGGAUCAACAGUGCAGUUAAGCAUGCCCGUCUAUGGCAAAUUUGCAAUAAGGAGAUACGCUGGUAUCUAUCCAUACAUAGGUAUUGUAAAAACACAAGGAAGUGCAGCUAUUAUGUACGAUCAAAAGGUGAGAAGAUAUCAGAUGAAAGACUUGUUAAGAAAUGUAGUUGCAUCAUGGACAACCGUUGCAAUAAUGGUACUGUUGUCCAUAAUAUGUGGAUGGUUACUAUGGUUUACUGAACAAUCUUCUUCCGCGAGUGAUUUAACGUUGGAUAACUGUUGGAGAGGAGCUUUACAAGGAAUGUGGAUGGCAUUUAUAACGAUGGGAACUGUGGGAUAUGGCGAUUACAAUCCGAGUACGAACGCAUCAAAGGCUUUAUUGAUAUACUGGACAUUGCUUGGCCUAAUCAUGACCAGUAUUUUUAUUGCAUCGAUUUCAACAAAUUUGGUGUCGAGCAAUUUACAACAAGAAGUUAUAUUAUAUGGUGUUCAAGUUGCUGUUAUUCCUGGGACUGCAGAGUAUAGUUUAGCUGUUGCACGAAACGCAAAGAUAUACAACGUAAGUCGACCGAUAGAUGUAUUGGAAGCUGUCAGCAAAGACAUUGUUCCGAUUGGUCUGCUCGAUGCAUACACAGCAACUAGUUACAGUGACCACCUAAAGAAAAUGACUCUUACUGUAAAGAAAAUAUUUGACACAAACAGUGGAUAUGGAACAGUGUUGUCGGGAGGCUUGGAAAGCCUUGAAGACGAUGUUCGCAGUUAUGUUGACGCAAAUCAGGGGAGCAUUAGUGCGUUCAUUAGCAGUCAGACAGAUGUUUUAAAACCCAAUGCGACCCUCAUAAAGACUGAAUUUAUUCCAAAGGAUGAAUUGAUUGACUUCUCAAUUUUGUUGUGCUAUGUUUUUCUUGGUAUGUGUGUCCUUGGAACUUUUGUAUGGUUGUGUUGCCUUAAAAGAAGAGGAAAGAAAAAAAUUCAACCUAUAGCUUCAAGGGAUGAAAUAGUUAAGAACGAAUUAACACAAGAUAUAAAUGACUUUGCGCACAAUUUUAAAAGUCGUGUAGAGAAGAUGGAUGAAAAACAUUCCAGUGAACUUUCUCGUCUGCAAGUCUUACGAACAAACUUUAUGCGACUUAUGAAAAGACAUGGCCAUACAGAAAAAGAAGUGAAUGAUCGAUUUGAUGCAAUACGAAAAAAGAGCGUGAAAAAAAUUAGAAAACAUCGCAAAAGAUUAAAAUAUUUAGAAACAAGCAUUUAAUUAUACACGCCAAUGAAUGUGAAAAAAUAUACAUUGUUAGAUUGUAUGAUUUUUACGAUGAUUCUGACGAUGGUAAAACGACCGUUGGUCUGCUGAUAAUGCACUUUUAUAUAUUUACUUAUUUAUUUAUUUGUUUAUAUUCACCUUUUUAUAUAAUUUUAUCUUUUUUUCACUACAAUUUGUUAGCAUACACAUUUUUAUAAGCAUUAAUUUCUUUUCAUUUUAAUAAAUAUAUACGAUUAAAAAAAUACCAGUGUUUAUUUUUCUUUGCAAUCCUUAUUUGGAAUAACACCAACAAUCAAUGAUAUUACCUAUAAUCCAGAUAUGUUGCAACAGAGCUUUAAGCUAAUCUCAAUUAUCUUUUAUCCAAAAAAAGGGAAGUAAAUCUAAGUGUGAGAACUACCGACCCAUAUCUCUUUUUUGUUUACCUGAAAAAAGUUUCGAAGGUGUCAUUGCCUCGAUUCUUGACAAGCAUGUUUAUAGUAAUAAACUGCUAAGCAGAGAUCAAUGGGGUUUCAGAAUAGGUAUUUUGGCAUGGAGGUAUAUAUCUUUAUAUCGUAAAAAGCCGCGAUAUACAAUAUCAUUCUAACUUUUAUUUUAGCCACACUUUGGGGGAACAAUGCGCGAGCCGUAAAAAAGCGACUUGUGAUUUUUGUGCUGUGGACCCACAUGCUCACUCACGCAAGGAAAUUAAUAUAUAAGAC